AAUUAAAGAGAUACAUAGUGUGAACUUUGCCUUAGCCCACAGUUUAUCCAUGUAUGAUGUGCGUUUGGACCACGGUGGCACUGUACCAUGUUCGACAUGUACUUUGGGCACUGUGUAAACAGAGAGAGAAGGUAAGACAGAAUACAGUCACGACGUACAAUGCACGGCUAGAAUUUCAAGUGGCAGGAAAUGCAGCAAUCCUAUAAGUAGGUCAUGUAGGUAGAGCCCAAAUAGGCAGAGAAAUCCAAUAUAUAGGGCCAAUAUGGUUUGUUAUUGUUACAAACCAAGGCUCAUCUGCACCCUUCUGGAAGAUAUAAUAGCAAGCCCUAGUCCCAUACCAACUAACCCUUGGCCCGAGUGCAGCUUCAGAACGAAAGCCCAUUCUACUUUGAAGGCUACUCUCUCCCUCAAAGGUAGGAAGGAGGAUGCCCAGAAAUUUGGCUAGCAGCUGACAAGGUAUGUCCUGAGCUUCUCUUUCUGAUCAACAGAGGGCGGCGCAGAGAUCAAUUUUUCUGCCAAGUACCGGUCUGAAUUCAUUAAUACCCGCACAAGAAAAAUGGAAGGCCAAGCCCAAGGCAAAUGCAAAGACAAGUCCUCCAAGUAUUUGGAUGCCUUGUGGGGAAGUCUGGUAGCCUCAACUGCUGCAGUCGAGUAUCAGAAAUCAAAUCAAGUAGACAAGGAACCGACCACUCAAUCCUUGAAAGCCAAAGAGCCGAUGGAGAAAUUGCUGAAGCAGUCCAAGUCUCAAGAGCCGGGGGAAAAGACCAGAGGAAGUAAAGACCUGAGCCUCAGUCCUAAGAAGUUCAAACGUUCCAGGGAGCCAGGGAGAUAUAGAGGUGUUCGGAGACGUCCAUGGGGUCGUUAUGCUGCAGAAAUCAGAGACCCCAAGUCUAAGGAGCGUCGAUGGCUUGGAACCUUUGAUACAGCAGAAGAGGCUGCUUAUGCAUAUGAUAUGGCUGCCAGAUCUAUGAGAGGUAUCAGAGCAAGGACCAAUUUUCUCUACAUCAAUUCAGAGCCAUGCAGCUUCUUCUCCAAGCAGCCUGUUGUCAAUGUUCAUGCUUUGGGGUCUGGCUCCAAAUUAGACCCAGUUUUGGCUCAGUCCACCAAGAUGCUGCAGGAUGCUUGGUCUGAUUAUACAUGGAGGGAUUCAAGCAUGAAACAAUUUGGGUCAAUUACUGGAAGCUGCAACCCUUGUGGUGACAUGGUUGUGAGCAGUUAUAUGCAGUCUUCAACGGAUGCUAUGGGGAAGAAUCAUCACUUGCUAGGAGGUGGUUCCAGCAAUUUGCAGGCCCCCGUCUCUCUUCCUAGAGAUCUCAGCUGCAGCAUCAGCAGCAGCAACAUUGCCAUUGCAAGGCCUUGGCAGAACAGUGGCCUGCCUAGUCCUAGUCAUAGUCCUAAUCUUGAUGCAUCUCCUUGUGCACCUGAAUUGCCCAAUACUGAAAUCUGCUACCAAAAUACCACUACUGACGACUUCAUCAUUCCAUGCUCAUUUAUGUGGGGCCAGCCCUCUUUCAGCCCUAUUGACCAGCCUUCUUUCACCACCACCACCAUCACCAAUACAAGCCCUAUUACCAACCCUGCUACACCCACUUUGCCAAACCAAGUUGAAAAUCAUCGUCUUCUUCCGUUCUUGGAAGAGCCUGCUUCUGCACCCUCGUCUGAGAUUUGCAGCCCAUUGCCAUCAAACCCGUUGAGUUCCAACAUUGAAAAGCCUACUGCAGACAAUUCCUAUGCAGAUUCAGGUUUGUUGGAUCAGAUAAUCAACAAGUUCCUUCCCCCAUCCAACCCCAACUACAAGGACCAUGAUGUUAGUCUUCCAUAUAUGACUCCUCCCACCACAUGCAAUACAGACAUUGUUACAUCUGACUUGUCUACUGUUGAUCUACAGAAGCUGAUAGACACAAAUUAUCAAUGUCUGUACCUGAAUCACCAGUUGCAGCUGCAGAUGGAGAAAUAUGAUAGUAAUGACAAGGCUAUCACCAACGAAUUUCCUGACUAUCAAUGGUCCAGUUUUUCUGUUUACAAUCUUGACAUUCUUCUUCAGGAGCUUUUGCAGCAAACCACUUCAGAGAUAGUUGAUAUGGCCACCUGAAGAGCCUCAGUUGCUCUGAACAAUGUUGCCUCUACCAUAUUAAUGUUAUUUCUUCUGCUUUUUGUUUCUAA